UCCAGCUAUUCCCUCUCGACAUAGACCUCCGACCAACCCUUUCUCCCCUUCCCUUUAUUUAAACUCACUCCCAUUCUUCAUCUUCUCACUAUCAUUAUUAUUACAUCCCUCAACCAUGAACAACAACUACAAUAUGCUCCACUCCUCCCACUCCGGCGACACUCCGGCCUCCAGCUUUCGUGUUUCCAAUGAUCACUCCGAUCCCCUACCGCCACCUUCACCAUCCUCCUCCCGCCGCCGUAUCCUUCUCAUCUCCUUCUUCUCCAUCCUUCUCAUCACUGCCUCCGCCGUCUCGGCUGUCGUUCUCGUCCACUCUCGCAUCGCCGCCUCCACGGAGUCGCAUUUCCCCCACAACAAGCCCACCCAAGCCAUCUCCCGGGCUUGCAGCCUCACUCUCUACCCUUCUCUUUGCCUCUCCUCCCUUCUCUCUGCCCCCGGUUCUCUCUCUGCCGACGUCCACGACCUCGUCCAUAUCUCUCUCAACCUAACUCUCCAGCAUCUCACCAAAGCUCUCUAUUCCACUUCACAAAUCCCCAUCUCCCAAAUCUCCAACGACCCUCUUGCCCAAUCCGCUUAUGAAGACUGUAUGGAGCUUCUAAACGACGCCGUUGAAGCUUUUUCCCUCUCUCUCUUCUCCACAACCGCCACCAACCACGACGUGAUGACGUGGCUGAGUGCAGCGUUGACUUACCAUGACACGUGUACGGAUGGAUUUUCUGAUGUGGCUGACCCAAUCAAGGAUCAGAUAACGGCCAAAUUGAGUGAUUUGUCGGAGAUGAUAAGUAACUCUUUAGCCAUUUUUUCUGGGUUUGGUGGUGACGAUUUGCCGGUGGAGAACCGCCGCCGCCGCCGGCUAAUGGAAAGUGAUGAACAGUGGUUAGCCGAGGAGAAUAAUGGUGAUGGGGAUUUUCCCCGGUGGGUGAGUGGGAAAGAUCGCCGCCUUUUGGCUGCUCCCAUAUCGUCAAUUCAGGCGGAUAUCGUGGUGGCUAAGGAUGGUAGUGGCAAAUUCAAGACAGUGGCGGAGGCCAUUGCGGCGGCUCCUUCAUCCAGUGGCCGCCGGAUCGUGAUCUACAUUAAAGCCGGAAAGUACGAAGAGGAGAAUUUGAAGGUAGGAAGGAAGAAAACAAACUUGAUGUUUGUGGGAGAUGGGAAGGGCAUAACCGUCAUUUCAGGUGGUAAAAGCGUUUAUGACAAAGUUACCACUUUCCGGACCGCCACCUUUGCGGGCUCUGGGACAGGACUAAUUCUACGAGACAUGACAUUUGAGAACACGGCAGGGCCAAACAAGCACCAAGCAGUGGCACUACGUUUGAGUGCAGACCACGCUGUGGUAUUUCGUUCCAACGUUAUCGGUUAUCAAGAUACUCUCUAUGUCCACUCAAAUCGUCAGUUCUUUCGAGAGUGCGAUAUUUACGGCACGAUUGACUUCAUCUUUGGUAAUGCUGUCGUCGUCUUCCAAAGUUGCAACAUCUAUGCUCGUAAGCCAAUGUCAGGACAAAAGAAUACCAUCACAGCUCAAGACCGAAAAGAUCCAAACCAAAACACUGGAAUCUCUAUCCACGCUUGUAAAAUCAUCGCCACUGGUGACCUCCAAGCCUCCAAGGGAUCUUUCCCCACCUACCUCGGCCGCCCUUGGAAGUUAUAUUCUAGAGUCGUCUACAUGGUAUCUUCUAUGGGAGACCAUAUUCAUCCUCGCGGUUGGCUCGAAUGGCAAGGCUCUUUUGCUCUUGACACUCUUUACUACGGUGAAUAUAUGAAUUCUGGGCCGGGUGCCGCUGUAGGGCAGAGGGUUAAAUGGCCAGGUUAUCGAGUAAUAACUUCUGCUAUAGAAGCCACCAAAUUUACUGUCGGACAGUUUAUUUAUGGCUCCUCCUGGUUGCCUUCUACUGGAGUGUCGUUUUCAGCUGGAUUAUCUACUAACUAAUAUACUUACUAUAUAUAUAUUUUACUAUAUUUUCAAGUGUAUUUAAAUAAUUAAAAAUUAUUUUUUUUCAUUUUUAUUUUUAGGAUGUGGCAGAAAUGACACGUGUACAAUCUCAUUUCUUAGAUUAUGCUCUUGGCAAAUAAUAUGGACCACAUCAAACUACGAGGGUAUAUGAACAUUAUUAUAAAGAUGGCCAAAGAUAUAUAUUGUUAUAAUUGUGAUUA